UCUAGCCUAUCGAAGUCUCCCAGGGCCCACGAAGACCAAGGAGGCUGCUCGUAACAUGGCGUCAGACAUCCUGGCCGUGGGCGCCCUCUACCAGGUCCCUGACAUCAACAAAAUGAGGGCGAUAGCAGAGACACCCCAAAAGGCAGCUUCCCCACUGAAACCCUUCACCCCCUUGAAGACCAAGCUCACCACCAUCGAGACCAAGAGGAUCAUGUCCGUGCUGGAUGAGACCAUCCAAAAGGUGGAGCUGGUGACGCUGCUGUCCUACGUGGCAGCCAACGCCGAGGACCUGGAGGGCCUGCUGGGCGAGGACCUCGCCAGGGCGGUGCGGGAGCACGAGGACCUGUGCCAGGUGCUCACGGACAAGGUCAGCUACCUGCAGGAGGAGGAGAUGCAGCUGCAGGCCGAGGAAGAUUUCGAGGAGGAAGCCUGGUUCCGGGACCUCCUCCUCUCCAUCGAGCUGCAGAAAUCCAACCUCCUGCCGGUCAUGGGGCAGAUCAAAGACUCCACCAAGAACAUCCUGAGACUCCUGCUCAGCCGCCCGCAGGCGGCCCAGCUCGUGCGGGCGCAGGCGCAGGAGAGGGGCCGGGGAGCCCAGGGCUUCAUCGACAGCCUGGUGGAGCUCCGCGGCUUCCUGUUUGAGAAGCUGCUCACCUGCCCCAUGGAAGCCAGAGACAAGAGCCAGUUCAUCCAGGAGAUCACGAAGCGGAACAGGAGGAACCAGGAGGUCAUUGACACGCUUGAGAACGAACUGGAGGAGAGAAUGAAGAACAGGGCUGCGGAGGUGGAGAAGGAGAACUUUGUGAUCCAGGAACUGAAGAACCACCUGCACCAGGUGCUCAAGUUCUCGGAGAACAGCCUGCUCCGCACCAAGCAGGAGGCUGAGAAGCAGCAGAAGGCGGACUACCGGGCCUCGCAGGGGCGGGCGGCCAAGAUCCAGCAGGACAUCCUGCAGCUGCGCUCGCAGUUCCACAGCCUGGUCAUGGAGAACCGGGAGGCAGAGCAGGCGCUCAGGAAGAAGAAAUAUAAAGUGGAGACGGAAAUCGAGAACUGGAUCCAGAAAUACGAUACGGAGAUGAGCGAGAAGCAGGACGAGUACGAGGAGCUGGACAUCAUCCACAAGGAGGAGAAGAUCCAGCUGGAGGAGCUGCAGCAGAGGUACGAGGUGCUGGUGGAGGAGUUCGCCCAGAUCCGGGAGGAGCGGGAGAUCACCUCCAAGAAGAGGAUGGAGGACGAGCAGGAGAUGAUGCGCAUGGUGAGGGCGGCCACGCUCAUCCAGGCCGUGUGGAAGGGCUACCUGGUCCGCUCCCUGCUCAGGUCCAAGAGGAAGAAACGGGGCAAGGGCAAAGCGAAGAGCGAGAAGGGCAAGGGCAAGGGCAAGAAAUGAGCCCCCUCCCCCAAGGCCUGUCCUGAUCCCGUGCACGGCCUCUCCCCUCCCCCCCGAGAGCCGGCCAGGAAGCCACUGGGACCAGGAAGCCCGGCGAUCAUAACUUUCAUACU